AUGACGCACAGCUCAGCCGACCUGGCGAUGGCCGCCGAACAGCAACAACGGAUUACCAUUGCCUUCCUGGUUGUAUCCUGGAUCUUCAUCCUACUCAGGAUAUGGACUCGCACAUGUAUUAUCCGUAGUUUUGGCUGGGAUGAUGCGGUCAUGCUACUUGCCGGUUUGACGUUCACUUUGUUCUGCGGAUCAGUUUGGUUGGUUGAAGCAUCUGGUGGAACCAGCGAGAUCACCAGCGCGGACGAGUUGCAGAAGGUGACAAAAUGGGUUAUUGUGAGAGAAACCGGAUAUCUCAUGGCCAUCAUGCUGGUCAAGAUUUCUCUGGCUAUCUUCUUCUCCCGCAUCGUCGUCAGGCGCAGUCACUUCAUCAUCAUCUACGUGACCGUCGCUGCCAACAUUGUGUCAUCGAUGUCUGCAUUCUUCUACGUCAUCUUCCGAUGCGGACCCAACUUGGAGAAGUACGCAGUCAACGAGAUCAUCGGUCGCUGCCAAUCGCGGCAGGUCGACUAUUUCUUUGCCUAUCAACAAGGUAUGUGGCGCGAAUGA